AUGGGCGGGCACACCUCCGAGGCGAGGGGACUUCUGCCCGGCCCGGGGACGAAUCGCCGACACAGGCAAUUGCAGGUACUCCCGUACUUUGCGGUGCAGGCCGCGGCGGCACGAGCAGGGUACCACCGCCGGCCUUCGGGCUGCACCGUCGCAGUCGGUACCUUGCCACGGCCCACGGCCCAUGUCGCCUCAUGGGCAGCCGUCCUCCUCGGAGCACGGCCGGCAUGUCGACGAUGCCGAGCGUGUCACCUGUGGAAUGCCCAGCGCCGACGGCGCCUGCCGACUGUUUCAACUACCCACGUACGUACCAACCUUGCCAACGUUCGCCCAAGUGCGCCGCGCCGGCGUAGAUGGGCGGAGCAUAUUGGAUUCGGGCAGGCAGCCACCGCUCAUGCUGGCCUUGCGCGCGCGCGCCGUGUGCGGUGUGCGGCGAGCGGCGUUCCGUCCAGGCUGAGAGUCAUAGCCUCGAGCCAUGUCUGUCCCGCGGGCAAAACGUUAAACGGGCGCACCUCAACGCAAAACGGCCCCCCGUCGAAUGCUCUUUGCUCUUGGUCCCCGAGCCUCGUCAGCAUGCAGAACCGUUGCCUCAGCCCUCUGAGCUUCGUCGAGAGUUUCCCGCUCGCUCGAUCCCUCCACGCGUGGCAUGACACGCACAAACAGCCUUUGUUCUUGACCACGUUUUUGAGAGCCCAAACUCUCUUUGCGCGCUCGCAACGCACGGGGCAACGAAGGGACAAAAGACUAUCCGCGUUUAGGUUUCGCAGUCGUCGCGAGUCGUUGGGCCUACCCACGGACAUGGGUGGUGGCGUCACGCGCAGAGCCUUUCCGUCCCAACCAGAACCUUUCGGGGCCCAUGACACCGUGGCUGCCGGAGCCGGUGGGGACGGAACCAACAGAGCGGGUGUGGUUCGCAGGUACCGAGUACCGUUCUCGCAUGGCCUCGACGGGACUUGCAAGCUGGACUCGAUUCCAUCUCCAUCGGAACCGCCAGCCCGAUGCGCGAGACGUUCCAUGCCUCUGCGCGAAUGCGCGGGUCGUCGUCGCAGCCCCAGCCCAGCCACGGGCGCAGUUGCAAUCGGAAUAUACCUCGGCUACCGUGUACCAGCUGGACAACCAGGAGCAUGCGAUGCGCCGCUGCAACAUGACAGACCGGGCAAUCUGUGCGCUGGCGAGCAGUUGCAGCAGCGCGACGGGAGAAGCAGACGGAACAGGUAA